AUGUCUUCCAUCUUCUCAAGUCUUUCCACCAAAAGCUCGGCUUCAUCAUCUCGCGCAUCCUCUAUCAAGGAACAAGCCCCCGCUCCACCAGAGACAAGCGAAGUCAUCGUCACCCCUCCUGAGGAAUCGAAACCGAAGAAGAAAUGGGAAUAUACCCCGGACCAACUGCAAAAGGUGUGCUCUUUCACUUUAUACACCAAGACCCUUUUACUACCCGAAUCGGACUCCUAUUAUCUAUGGGAGAAACGGUUCCUCGAUGACCCAGGUUGUCACCCGCGGUACUGUCGAGCUGCAAAGUGGAAGAUGGACGAUGCUAAGAAACGUAUCAAAGGCACCAUUGAGUGGAGGAGAGAGUAUAAGCCGGAACUCAUGCAACCGGGAGAUGUAAAGGUCGAAGCGGAGACGGGUAAGAUAAUAUUGAAGGGUUUCGAUAUGGAUGGUCGACCAGUUUUAUAUCUUCGUCCUGGGAGAGAGAACACGGAAACGUCUCCUCGUCAAAUCAGGCAUAUGAUUUAUCAUCUAGAACGAGCUAUUGAUCUUUGUCCACCAGGGCAAGAUCAGGUGACCAUCAUCGUCGAUUACAAAUCCGCCACAUCUUCCACAAUGCCUUCCAUCGGAAAAGGCAGAAGUGUAUUGAAUAUCUUACAGAAUCAUUAUGUCGAAAGAUUGGGCAGAGGAUUAGUCGUGAAUAUGCCCUGGUGGGUGAAUGCGUUCUUCACUGGAAUAUCGCCUUUUCUGGAUCCUAUCACUCGGGACAAGAUCCGCUUUAAUCCCAAACUCACUGAACUAGUCCCCCCUUCUCAAUUGGACUACGAGUUUGGGGGUGAACAUAACUUUGUCUUUGAUCAUGAUAUAUAUUGGAAGACAUUGACAGAGUUCUGUUGCCUUGCCGAAGACGGUACUCGUAUCGACAAAGAGGGCAAAUCUUGGAUCCCGCCAUUGGGUAACGGGAUCGCUGCCGCCCUCGAGGGGUAUGCUCCUACGCCAGAUGCCGUAGCCUCAGGGCAAAUGACCAAAAGCCCACAGGCUACUGCUGGCAUAGUUGACAAAGUCGACCCGAGUACGAGUGAAGCUCAGACCAUCGUUGCUGAACAUCGAGCCAAGGAGCCGGAAGAGAAGAAAGAACAAGGGAUCUCAGAGUUGCAAGAUAAAGUGGAAGCUUUGACGAUGGAGGUGCCCGCGGUGGAGACUGCUCCAGGCCCACCGACCGGAGAAGUGGUGUUUGAUCAUCCUCCGUCUGGGAAAGAACUGGCAGCAAUAUAG